CAAAUACCCGGCGAAUAAACCGCAUAAUACUCUUUCAAUUUUCCGACAUGUAACCAAGUCAAAUUUUCCAUUUCCGGGAAAUGCAGGGAGGAGGAUAAAUUAACAACAAAAAUAAUAAUUAAUUCCAUCCUUCUUAUGCUAUGUAGUUUGUUAAUAUUUAAGCUUUAUUUCUUUGACCCAUUUGCCUUUUGAUUCUUUCCAACUGGUAAAGAAUCCACUAUCCUUGUGGAAAAGCAAAAAAAAAUUGCAUUUGGAGCCCCAAAGCCCCCAAAUAAUCUCACUUUUCUUUGCACACUUUUUGUUUGAUAAAAUUCCCCAAAGAAGUAAAUCAUUGAAUUUUUGGUGAUUCUUUCCAUUUUUGAGGAGUGUUGGAGAAAUAUUGAUUUGGGUAUUUCUUAUUUAGAAGUUUAGUUAAUGCUCUGUUUGUUUGUUUUUUCUAAAGGUUGAAUCUUUGGUCUUGGAUCUUAAUUGCUUUGAAUUUGAUCUGUUUCUGGGUAUCUAUAGUUUUUUCUUUUUCUUUUGUGGAUAAGAAAGGUAGAGUCUUUUGGUUAAAAAAGGGGGAUUGUUUAAGAUUUGAGCAACCUUGUUCAAAUUUUUUGGCAAAUUUGUACAUGGUUGAUGAUUUGUUUGGGAUUCUGAACAGUUGAAUAGGGGUUCAAGAAAAUCUUGAGGCUGGUGUGUAAAGCGUUGUAUAGUUAUCACAAUGUCUGCUGUUGAUGUGGCUUUGAGUCCGGUUCAGGAAGAGUCUAUCCGGGCUACGAGACAUAUCUAUGGCCCAUUGGCGCUUUGCACGAAUGAAUCAAUUGUAAUAUAUAUCACUGUGGCUGGUUCUGUGAUUCCAAUGCGUGUGUUGGAGUCUGAUUCGAUUGGUGAAGUGAAACUUAAGAUUCAAACUUGUAAAGGGUCUGUGGUUAAGAUGCAGAAGCUAGUUUUUGGAGGUAGAGAGCUUGCGAGAAAUGAAUCUUUGGUUAGGGACUAUGGAGUCAGUAAUGGGAAUGUUGUGCAUAUGGUCUUCAAGAUUUCUGAUCUCCUUGUUAUCACUGUUAGGACCACUUGUGGGAUGGAAUUUGAAUUUCCUGUUGACAGGCAUCAAGAUAUUGGGUAUCUUAAGCGUGUCAUAUUGAAGAAAGGGAAAGACUUUGGCGAGGAGCUUAAGGUUCAAGAGCUUUUCUGUAAUGGUGAGAAGCUUGAGGAUCAGAAGCUCAUUGAUGAUAUUACUGCUGAUGCUGUGAUUCACUUGGUUGUUCAGAAAUUUGCAAAGCUUCAAGCUAAGCAUGCCGAGAGGGAUGUUGAACUUUCUGUUAUUGCAGAUAAUUGGAAUGAGAAGACCCAAAGUUGGUGUGUACAUGAAGGAAAUAAACCAUCCAGGGAGUUCCGGUCCUUCUCCAAGAAGACACCUGACAGAAACUUCUUGUUGGAACCUUUUGGUGUUAGUCCAAAUAUUGAACUGCCUGGAUAUAUCUUGGACAUGAUCAACUCUGCGUGCGACGGGUUGACAAAAGGGAAUAUACCUAUCCGAUCAUCUGAAGGGACUGGAGGAACUUAUUUCAUGCAGGAUGGUCCUGGCAACAAGUAUGUUGCUAUUUUUAAGCCCAUAGAUGAGGAACCACUAGCUGUGAAUAAUCCUCAAGGGCUGCCUUUAUCAACCAACGGUGAAGGGUUGAAAAGGGGAACCCGAGUUGGAGAAGGUGCAUUCCGGGAGGUUGCAGCUUUUCUACUGGACCAUCCAAGGACAGGGCACCAUAAAUUGUCCAAUUGUAAGGUUGGCUUUUCUGGUGUGCCUCCCACUGCUAUGGUUCAGUGCUUGCACAACGCAUUUCAUCAUCCUGAUGGAUUUGAGUGGUCAUCCGAAUACAUUAAAGUUGGUUCACUGCAGCUGUUUAAGAAGAAUGAAGGAAAUUGUGAAGAUAUGGGUCCUGGGAUAUUUCCUGUUGAGGAAGUCCAUAAGAUUACUGUUUUUGACGUAAGAACAGCCAAUGCGGAUAGACAUGCUGGGAAUAUUCUUGUGAGCAGGGAAGGGGAAGAAGGACGAAUCGUGCUUACGCCAAUUGACCAUGGCUACUGCUUGCCUGAGAAUUUUGAAGAUUGCACCUUUGAUUGGCUCUAUUGGCCACAAGCCCGUCAACCUUAUUCUCCAGAAACUAUCAAGUACAUCAAAUCACUGGAUGCCGAACAAGACAUUGGCCUUCUUACUUUUUACGGAUUGGAUUUGUCCAUUGAAUGUGCUCGUACUCUCCGUAUCUCGACCAUGCUUCUGAAGAAAGGGGUGGAGAGAGGACUUACUCCCUUUGACAUCGGAAGCAUGAUGUGCAGGGAAACCUUGAACAAGGAAUCUGUUAUUGAGGAAAUCGUUCGUGAUGCUCAAGAUUCUAUGCUUCCUGGCAUGACUGAAGCUGCAUUUCUUGAAACUGUCUACAAGCUCCUGGAUAUCAAGCUUGAUGAGAAGCUAACAUAUAAACCUUGCUAAGGAUUGUAAGUAUGUAUCUUCAAUUAUGUUGUAUGUAUAUAGCGUUCGGUCCAUAUAUAUGAAUGGACUGAACGGAGAUAGCAAAGGUGGAUGACUGACUUGGACACGUCUAUGGUCGGAAACCUUUUUUCGUCUCAACCUCUGCUCAUUACCAAUUUGAUGGUUUUCAAUAUAUGGAGCAGAAGUUGCAAUACGCAAUAAAUAAUAAAUAAAACAAACUGUUAUUUUUAAAA